AAUAAUUAAAUUAUAUUAUCAAUCAUUAUUUUUUUAAAAUCAAUAUCAUCUCAAUUUGAAACGAGUAAAAUAAGACGGAGGGAGUAAAACAAUAAAAUUACUAUCUAAUCGUUUGACAAUUUUCUUUGGUCCAUUUACACUAGGUUCUUUCCCCUUGAGGCCAUAAACACGGAAUAAAUUUUCAAAUUUUCUUCCUAUCCCACCACUAUCUUUUUUAUUUUAUUUCAUUUUUUUCUCUUCACCUUCCCUGUUAUAUAUCCCUUUCCUCCUUUUUUGGUUCUCCCCGCUUCACAUCUUUUAGCCCUAAAUCUCCUCUUAUAUCUCUCUUUACCAAUCCUGUUGCCUACAUUUCAAACACAAACACACCCCACUACUCCCACCCCCCACUCCCCUAUAAACAUUAAAGGUCAAAGCUUUAAUCUUUUUUGUUUUGAACAAAUUCUUGAUUCUUGAUUCUUGAUUCUUUGUUCUUGAUUUUUGCAAAAAUUAGAAAAAUGGCCAUUGCAUACCCUCAUUUUUUUGUGUCUGAAAAGGCCAAGAAUUUGAUGGUUACCCCCACCACCACAUCCGCCCAUCCUACCCUCACCCCCACGCCCACCACCCUAUCCCAAGAUGAGUUAAAGAAAAUUGCUGCAUAUAAGGCUGUUGAAUUUGUUGAGUCAGGUAUGGUUGUUGGUCUUGGUACAGGGUCAACAGCAAAACAUGCUGUAGACAAAAUUGCAGAAUUAUUGAAUCUUGGAAAAUUGAACAACAUUGUAGGAAUACCAACAUCAAGUAUUACACAUGAACAAGCUGUUUCAUUAGGUAUACCUUUAUCUGAUUUGAAUAAACAUCCUAUUGUUGAUAUAGCAAUUGAUGGUGCUGAUGAAGUUGAUCCACAAAUGAAUUUGGUUAAAGGUAGAGGAGGGUCAUUGUUAAGGGAGAAAAUGGUUGAAGCUGCUUCAAAGAAAUUCAUUGUUAUUGUUGAUGAGUCAAAGUUGGUUAGUCAUUUAGGUGGUACUGGUCUUGCUAUGCCUGUUGAGAUUGUACCCUUUUGUUGGAAGUUUACAUUGAAGAGGUUGGAGAUGUUGUUUAUUGAAGCUGGUUGUGUUGGGAAGUUGAGGGUAGUUGGUAAAAGUGGGGAACCUUAUGUUACUGAUAAUGGGAAUUAUAUUAUUGAUUUGUUUUUCAAGGGUGAUAUGGGUAAUUUAAAGGAAGCUAGUGAUGCAAUUUUGAGCCUUGCUGGUGUGGUUGAGCAUGGAAUGUUUAUCGAUAUGGCAAAUACUGUGAUUGUGGCUGGAAAGCUUGGCGUCUCCAUCACUAAUAAGUAGUAUUGAGGUUAAUGUGAUCAUAUGUUGUUUUAGAAGUUUAGUUUACUAUUUUUUUUCUCUCUUUGUUUUUUUUGAACUAAGAUAUUAGGAUAUGCUGGGGGAAUUGGUAUUGUAGCAAUCCAAUUGGGGAUGUCUUUGUAGCAUAUCAGAGGUGAAGUGCAGUGUUACUGUUGGCCCAAUUCAUGGUGGGCCUAAUCAGUGGUUCAUAGCCAUUCAGUUAUUGCUUAAGCCCAACCCAAUUAUGCUUUCUCUUAUCCAUUUCUAUUUUUGUCUUGA